GACGGUGAGCCAGUCUGCACGUGCGUUCGAUAGUUUGUUUAUUUCGUAAAUAAAGUUUACGACCAAAACCUUAAGUUCAGUUUAAGUGAAUUUAAAAUCAAUAAAUUUUAAUCAUUUCGAAGUUGGAUGUGCUGACAAAGAUUGAACAAGAGAUGGCCAAGAUUUUUUUGCAUUACACAUGCUGCCUUAUUGUGCUUACUAUUUGUGUUGAUCAAGGUGACGGUAUGAGGAAGAAAAGAGCUGAAGAGACAGCAAACAGAUAUAGAGGUGAAGAAUUCAUGAGGAAAAAAGAGCGGAUUGAUGACAUUGUCCGUGAAAUAGAUUUACUCAAAGAUAUUGCAGAAAUGGUCGACCACCACAUAGACGACUUUUAUGAAGAAUACCCCAAAGCGACAAAGAGGGAACAUUCUCCAAAAACACGUCACUAUUCCCAUAAAUCCUUUCAUGAUUGGCUUACUACUGAACGUCGGCCUGAAGCUACUGAGCAAUGGAAUAAAAGUACCAAACGUCGAUCUAAAUCUACGAAAAAAGCAUUAAGAGAGCGGUUUCGUUUUAAUUUUAAUGACACAAUUUACGAUAAACAGAAAAACCGCUCAGGGGAACAACCUGAUUCUAAUAACGACUUUAACCUUCAAAAAAACACUAAGAUUAGAAAGGCUACAACCGAGUUACUAAAUAAAUAUCAUGUAAAAAUACAGAAUCGCGGCAAGCAGUAUCUACACACAUCAUCCGAUUCUGAAUAUGAUUUAGAAAACAGUAAGUAUUCAAAGACUACAGAAAUGAAGACAACCACUGAAUCAGCAUAUAAUUAUCAUGCAACCAAUAAAAAAUAUGUAGACGAUGAUUUAAAUUUGCAUAAAAAUGUUAGGACUAAAAGUGCAGCUGAGCUCCCAAAUAAAUAUUAUCCACAUAAAGAUAAAUAUGAAGGUGAUUUUUUUGGUUAUCAUAAAAAUUCUAAGACUACUGAAAAACCUACACCUGAGUUCCCAAAUAAGUACUAUGCUAACAGUAAAAUAAUUGUAGGCGAUGAUUUUAACUUUAAUAAAAAUAUUAAAACUACUGAUAACACUGUAUAUGAGUUACAAAGUAAAUAUCGAGCAAACAGUAGAACAAUCGAAGAUGAUGACUAUGACUUUUAUAAAUACUCUAAUACUACUGGUAAAACUAAAUAA